UGCGCCUGCGUAGGCUGCGGCAAAGCCUAGCUCUCUGAGGGUUGCGUUUAUUGCUGGCUGGUGUUUGUGUAGGAGGAUCAAUCCUCUCACCAGCUCUCACUUCUGAUCCGCGCAGCUCCUGGGUCUCUGGCUUCAGCUUUGUGCUGAGGCGCCGACACACCUACCAUCCUCUCUCCGACGGAUCGCUGACCUCCCCAUUCCUGUUCCUGUCUCCUGGAACCAUGUCUCUGGUAAGCCAGAAUGCGUGCCACCGCAACGCAGAGACCACUGUAGAUUACAGCGACUUCCAUGGUGAGAUGCAGGAUACUAAUGCCUCCGGGUCCCCCACCUCCAUGCUAGUUCCUGAUGCUCCCCAGGGCCUUCAGGCGCCAAUCGAUUCUCAGGGUGCUAGCGCUUCCCAGGCUGCGCAGGACCCGAACGACUUCGAGGUGCUGAUAGAUGAGCAGUCCCGACGUUUGGGGGCGCUCAGGGUCCACGACCCUCUAGAGGACAGGUCGAUUGCUUUGGUGAAUUUCAUGCGAAUGAAAAGCCAAAUCGAGGGGUCUAUUCAGCAGACAGAGAUGCUAGAGUUCCUCAGAGAAUACUCAGAUCAGUUUCCUGAGAUCCUCAGACGAGCCUCAGCCCAUCUGGACCAGGUCUUUGGGUUGAACCUGAGGGUUCUUGAUCCCCAGGCUGACACCUACAAACUAAUCAGCAAACGGGGUCUCCAGACCACUGAUCGGAUAGCAGAAUCCCUGGACAUGCCAAAGGCAGGUCUCCUGGCCUUGGUCCUAGGCCACAUUCUCCUGAAUGGUAACCGAGCAAGAGAGGCCUCCAUUUGGGAUCUGUUGCUAAAGGUUGAUGUGUUAGAUGAGCCCCAGAGGAUCAACAUCCCCUUUGGCAGCACAAGGAACCUCCUAACUACUGACUUUUUGCAUAUGCGGUUCUUGGAGUACUGGCCAGUGUAUGGCACUAAUCCCCUCGAAUUUGAGUUCUUGUGGGGCUCUAGAGCCCACAAGGAAAUCACAAAGAUGGAAGCCCUGAAGUUUGUGGCAGAGGCCCAUGAUGAAGAACCCUGGAGCUGGCCAGAAGAAUAUAAUAAAGCCCUGGAAGCUGACAAGGCCAAAGAAAGAAGCCAGGCUGCUGGCUUGGAGUUCUGGUCAGAGGACACUAUGAAUGAUAAGGCAAAUGAUUUGGUCCAGUUGGCCAUUAAUGUCACAGAGGAGUUGCUGCCUAUACAUCAGGAUGAGCUGUUGGCUCACACUGGCAAAGAAUUUGAGGACGUGUUCCCAAAUAUCCUCAGUCGAGCUACUCUAAUCCUCGAUCUGUUCUAUGGGUUCUCUCUGAUUGAGGUUGAUACCAGUGAGCACAUUUACCUCCUUGUCCAGCAACCAGAAUCAGAAGAAGAGCAAAUGAUGCUAGAGAGCCUGGGGAGACCCACUCAAGAAUAUUUGAUGCCAAUCCUGGGUUUGAUCUUCCUGAUGGGCAACCGUGUCAAAGAGGCCAGUGUCUGGAAUUUGCUUCGGAGAUUUGGUGUGGAUGUAGGGAGAAAGCAUGCCAUCACCUGCAAACUUAUGAGACAGCGCUACUUGGAAUGCAGGCCACUGUCCUAUUCUAAUCCAGUUGAAUAUGAGCUUCUGUGGGGUCCUCGAGCUCACCUUGAAACCACCAAAAUGAAAGCCUUGGAGUACAUGGCCAGGCUCUACAGAAAGCAACCACAGGACUGGCCAGAGCAAUAUAGGGAGGCUGUUGAAGAUGAGGAGGCCAGAGCCAGGUCUGAGGCAACUGCUAUGUUCUUCUUUGGCCCCAUGUGAAGUCUGGGGGAAGUAUGUCACUUCAGUUGGGUGGCAUCAAUUAAAGGGGCCCUGGGGAAAUGGGCACUGGGGCCCCAAAUCAGAAGCUGGGCAGGGUUGGGGUGAAAAGUACACAUUGUGAUUGCUAUUUGUGUUCUAUUUCUAAUAGUAUUUCCUUCCUUUUAAUAUACCCUUGAAUUAGAUUCAUGAUCAGUGUUUAUAAAUGAAAUUGCUCAUUUGCCAUUCCUGUCUUGUUUCAAUAUAAAAGUUCAUAUAGCUGCAUAAAGUGUAGUGGUAAUAUUUACAUCUUUCUAUGAUGUGGAAGAGAAUAUACAGUUGUUCUUUAACCGUUUGAAAUAAUCAGUAAAAUGGUCUGGUACAGGAGUUAAGUAACAACAGUAAUAACAUACCCACAACAAACACAAAAUCACUCAUCUGUUGAUGUUCUCCCAUCGUGUCUAUGGUUUUAUUAUUUUUUUAAUAUUGGCAUUUACCUGUAUUUGCUUUGUGAUUCCAGAGUGUAGUGAAAAAUAAAAGUAUAAUGAAUUAGG